AUGGCUGCUUCGGAUGCGUCGGACGGUAGCGACGUCUUCAAGCGAAGCAUCAACCUCAUGAUCGUAUCUGACCUCGACAACACCAUGGUGGACCACAAGGAUCCCAACCACGAGUCGCUGCGCGAGUUCGCGUCUCUGUGGCAGUCCACGUUCGCGCGCGACUCGCUGCUCGUGUAUUCCACUGGCCGCUCGCCCACCCUCUACAACCAACUCAAGAGCCAAGUGCCGCUGCUCACGCCUGACAUUGUGAUCAUGUCAGUGGGCACGGAGAUCACCUACGGUGCGUCCAUGGAGCCGGACAGGGGGUGGGAGGACUGCCUCGGCCCUCCCUCCCGUUUCUUUUCAACCCACUCUUUCCACCAUUCUCCUAUUCCUACGCCAGACAUUGUGAUCAUGUCAGUGGGCACGGAGAUCACCUAUGGAGCGUCCAUGCAGCCAGACAGAGGAGCACCUUGGCCUUCUCUCCCUUUUCAUUCAACCCGCUCGUUACCCCGCUGCCCCGUCCCCUCGCCAGACAUUGUGAUCAUGUCAGUGGGCACGGAGAUCACCUAUGGCGCGUCCAUGCAGCCGGACCAAGGGUGGGAGGAGUACCUGAACGAUGGGUGGGACAGGGCUGCUGUGGUGGACGUCGCUAAGGGCUUUCCUCUGUUACGGUUCCAGGUGAGUCUCUUUGUUAGUCGUCUCAAGAGGCUUGAUGACUGGGGCGGAUCACUGCAGCCGGACCAAGGAGUGGGAGGAGCAUCUGUGCGAUGGGUGGGACAGGAACGCUGUGGAGGACGUGGCGAAGGGCUUCCCAUUGCUAAGGGGUCUCGAUCUCUCCUCCGUAGGCGUCACAGGAGCAGGUGGGAGGAGCAACAGAACGAUGGGUGGGAGAGACAGACCGUGGUGGACGUGGCGAAGGGCCUCCCCCAGUUGCGAUUUCAGGUGUGUCUCGCUCUCUCCGUAGGUGUCGCAGGAGCAGGUGGGAGGAGCAACAGAACGAUGGGUGGGUGGGAGAGACAGGCCGUGGUGGACGUGGCGAAGGGCUUCCCCCAGCUGCGAUUCCAGCGGGACACGGGGUGGGAGGAGUAUCUGGACGAUGGGUGGGACAGACAGGCCGUGGUGGAGCAAGCCAAUGAAACCUCACUUGGCUUUUGUCAGGUGAUUUUUCAGGCGGACUCAGAGCAGCGGCCGCACAAGGUCAGCUUUCACCUGGAGAAGGACCAGGCAGGCAACGUGGUGGAGGAGCUGAGGGGGAAGCUGCAGCAGCGAGGGCCGCACAAGGUCAGUUUUCACCUGGAGAAGGACCAGGCAGGCAACGUGGUGGAGGAGCUGAGGAGCAAGCUGGCACAGCGAGUGGCAGGCAACGUGGCGGAGGAGCUGAGGAGCAAGCUUGUGGAGCGAGGGCUGAAGGCGAAGGUGAUAUACAGCGGGGGGUGCGAUCUGGACAUUCUGCCUGCCGCUCACAACUCCCUCUCUUUCCCGUCCCUCCCCAUCCUCUCUCCCUGCGUUCCAACCAUGCAGCUGAAGGCGAAGGUGAUAUACAGCGGGGGUUACGAUCUGGACAUCCUGCCGGAGAGGGCGGGCAAGGGGCAGGCUAUGGCAUACCUGCUGCGGCAGUUCACGCAGCACAGCGGCAGCUCUCCGUCCCUCCCAGAUGCACCCUGUCUCCCUGUCACCCUGCCUUUGCCCCUGAAGGCGAAGGUGAUAUACAGCGGGGGUUACGAUUUGGACAUUCUACCUGAGAGGGCGGGCAAGGGGCAAGCCAUGGCAUACCUGCUGCGGCAGUUCACGCAGCACAGCGGCAGCGCUCCUAAGCACACGCUGGCGUGUGGGGACUCGGGCAACGAUGCAGAGCUGUUCGAAGUGGAGGGAGCCUACGGCGUGAUUGUAUCAGGUAUCCACACAGCACAACCCAAAGUAGGCCAUCUCCUUCCCCUUCGCCCACUGCAGGUAUCCAAUGCGAUGGAGGAGCUGGUGGAGUGGCACAGGGCGCACCACAGCACAGACCAUGUGUUCCGGGCCACCAAGCGGUGUGCGGGAGGCAUCAUCGAAGCGAUCAAUCACUUCAAGUUCGACCCGCAGUAG